AUGUCCGCCGCUGCCUCAAAGCUCCAGAAGGAGCGAAACCAGAAGACUCUUCUUGAACUUGCUGCUCAGCCCGGAAAUAACAUAUGUGCAGAUUGCAAGGCAAGGUUACCAAGAUGGGCGUCGCAAAAUCUGGGCAUUUUCAUUUGCGUAAACUGUGCGAGCAUCCACAGGAAGAUCGGAACCCACAUUACGAAAGUAAAGAGCUUGACGAUGGACGACUGGACAAAGGAUCAGGUCGAGCAUAUGAAAUCAAUGGGAAAUAUCAAAUCGAACUCUAUAUACAACCCGAACGAGCUGAAGCAUCCUCCUCCACCCAACCUCGAAGACACUGAGCGAGACAGCGAAAUCGAGCAAUAUAUCCGGGCCAAAUACGAGUAUCGCAAGUUCAUUGACAGAUCAGCGCUCGUGGCCUCCAAGCUAGGGCCUUCGCGAUCAGCGACUAUGGUGAGCGCACAUUCAGUGUCCUUGCCCACUACGCAAGUGCCUGCGAGUUCUUCGAGCCCAAUCGUCACCGCGACGGAUGUAGCGGCAUCAUCUCCAAUUGCACCCAACCCUCCGAAGUCGAUUAUUCAACCUAAACCGCCGCCGCCAUGCCCUAUGCCUCAGAACCAAGCGAGAUCUGUAUCCGCCGGAAUAUCGCCAUCUGUCUGGGACGAUAUAAGUUCUCUGGCAAGUGGGGGCCAAAAUUCUUCAUUGCCCCUGCAGUACGCGCCUCAGCCUGCUACAGGUACUAUUGGUGCUAAUGGAUAUCCUGUCGGUGUAACAUCACUUGGGAUGGGCGUGAACCCGUUCCAACCUCAACAGAUGUCCCUAGGGACGAAUCCCUUCUCUCAACAGCAAUCCCAGUCGCCGUUCGCAUCUACGUCUCCUUUCUCUGCACCUCCUAAUAUGGCUUCGUCCUUCAGCCAGACGCAACCUACGUCAUUUGGACAGCAAUAUUUUAGCGGAGCGUCCAUGCAGCCAACAACACCCAUGAUGUCCCAACCGACUGCCACCCCUUCCUUCUUCCAGCCGCAAGCUUCGUCUCUGCAGGUCCAGGUUCCGACAACCUCAAGUUUCCUGUCGCCGUCACCGAGCCAACCUUUCAUGUCCGCGCCGCCUUCUCAAUCUAACUUCCUCACUCCAAGCCCUUCCCAGCAGUUCAACAGCAGCCCGCACCCACAACUACCGUUGCAGCAGCCGCAAACAGCUAUGCAGGCUCAGUUCAUGUCCCAGACCCCUGUGUCUUCCCAACCCCCGUUCCUAGGAAUGACGACGAUGCAAAUGCAGCAACAGCAGCUUCUCAUGCAGCAGCAACAACAGCAACAGCAACUACUACUACAGCAGCAACAGCAACAGCAACAGCAACAGUUACUGGCACAGCAGCAGCAGCAGCAGCCACAAUUCAGCCAAAAUAUGUUUACGCCUUCACAACCCCAGACUAUGGCUGGCCAGAACGCCAUGUAUGGGCAGAUGUUCGGACAGAACGGAUACCCGACACAGGUUGGUGGGCAGCAAUGGGGUGCAAUGUGA